ACACCGACGGCCACAUCAAAAUCUGGGGGUCUGGCGUGUGACCCUGUUAUUUCUAUUCUGCAAUAAAAUAGCUGUGUAAUCUAAGAUAAGUCUUACGCCAUUAAAAUAGUGUUAAAGUGUAAAUUCUAGUGCAAUUUAUGUGGAAAAUAUGGAACGUGCUACAGGAACAGAGGUAUACGGGUGUGGCUCUCCACAAACCACGGACAUAACUCUGAAUAUACAAACUACAACGGGUGGUAAUUUCUCAAUCAGUUUGAACGGUAAAAACACAGUAGAGCAUCUCAAAAAAGUAGUGUCAAAGAAACUAAAAGUGUCAAAAGAUCGAAUAUGCCUCCUGCAUCGCGAAAGACAACUAAGGGAUGGCACUCUCGAAGAAAAUGGGUUACUGGACGGCUCGCGAGUUAUUCUGCUGCCGAGCGUCGAAACAGGCCUCUUGAGUCAAAGACCAGAGAAUUCUGUAAUGCAAGCAUUGGAAUCUUUAAAUGACACACAAGUUAAUGAUUUUUUGAGUGGAAAGUCCCCUCUUAAUCUAACAAUGAGGUUGGGUGACCACAUGAUGCUUAUUCAGUUGCAACUGUCAACAUUGAACUCAAGUACUUCUGGUAGUUCCCGUUCCUUACGUACAUCUACUCCAUCUAAAACUUCAUCCUCCAGUCGAACCAAAUGUGAUGCAAGAGAUUCCUCAUGCUCCCAGAGCACACAACAGAAGCCUUUAGAAAAUGAAGAUGUAUCUGAAGACAAUAAUAAAACAAAACAAGAAAGCAAUACACAUGUGUUACAGAAACAAGAUUUGGAAAUGAUACAGAAUGCCUUUGAUUUGUAUAGGUCAAUGGCUGAAGAGAAAUAUGCUGAGAAAUCUGAAUCUUGUGAUAAAAAAGAAGAAUCCAUAGACACCACAAACUGUACACUAUCAGAUAUAUCUAACACAUCUUUAGAUAAUGAACAAUCUCCUAUAAAAUCAUUAUCUAAUUUGGUGUCUAGUCCUAUUGAUGUGUCUACCUCUGACAGCCGGGAGGCCACUCUUGUAAACACUGUGAAAAAUAAUUUGAUAGAUCUACUCUCACAAAGUAAGCUUAGUAGUGAUGUGAUCCCUUCUACAAGUGCCAUGUGUGACCAACCAUGUCCAUCAACAUCGGCUCUGACUCCAGAUAGUUCAUUAAGUGAUGACAGUGAUAACUUUACUGACCAAAGCUCAUUCCUUGCUGAGAGCACCAUAGAUGAGUAUCCUAUGGAAAAUCUUUUUAAUAGUGCAGUUGAUAAAGGUCUAUUUGAAGAACAAGAUGAGUCAAUGAUGGACAGAGAAAUAUCAAAUUUGGCUACAACUAGUCAUGGGGUGCAAGAAACUACCACAGGUCCAUUGCCUUCAUUCCAAAGUAUAAAUGAGCCUUUAAAAAAUAAGCGCUUCCAAUAUUUAUUACAUAAAACUUCAAAGUUUAAACACCCCAUUGGACAAAAUAAACAGAAAGCUUUCAUGCAGUCUGUAGUUAAUAAACAUAAAAAGAGAAUGCAGAUAAGACAAGAUAGUAGUACUUCACAGCCUUCAACAUCUCGAACAGAUCCAUAUAUAACAAAUUCUAGAAAACUAAUCCUCCAGCCGAGCAGUGGACAAACUGAUGAUAAUCCUACACCAUCAACUUCUAAGGAAAUACCAUUCAAAGCACCAGAUGCACCCAAAAAACCACAAAGAGCUUCACCUACUCCUCCUGUAGACACAAAAGCUCUUAUAGAAGCCUCAAAGAAUUUAACACAGAAAUUAAAGAAACUAUCAAAGGAAGUGUUGACAAACAAAAUUGCUCUGCGGACUGCUGAGGAGGCAGUGCGCUCGAAGAUAGGCCCUGGAGCAGUGAUAGAGUCCAUGAAGCAUCAUGGUAAAGGAAUAUAUUCAGGGACAUUUUCGGGUACACUCAAUCCUGCACUGCAAGACAGAUAUGGGCGACCAAAGAGGGAUAUUUCAACAAUUAUUCACAUAUUGAAUGAUUUACUGUGUGCCACACCACCAAUCGCUCUAUCUCAGAAGGAAGCUAAACACUCGUGUUCAGCGAGCACUCUAGAAGAGUCCAGCAAGUGCUCGGGCUGCAGUCAGGCUUCCUGUUCAUACGGGCAGUGUGACGGACACCAGCCCUCCACAUCCUCGACAGGGGCUCGACCCUGUACCUGCGACAACACAGAAUGCCAGUGCAGCAGAUUACAUCCCACCGCGUGCGCUACCUGCGCUGGGAAAUCCGCAACGGGCGAAACCUGCAAGAAAUGUGAUACCGCCAAAAUCCUAGCUAUGGAAAAUUCGAAAACCAAAUGCAAACUGGAGCAAUUGAGACUCGUGAUGCAACAAAAGAAACAGCGACGCGAAGCGAGAAAACUAAAGACUCUCCCUUACGCGAGUUCGCCGUCUAAAGUUAUAGCGUCGCCUGAUCAGACCGCUCCUAUACCUGAAGAGAUAGAGACGGUUGCUUAACACGCGUUCUUAUUUUAAUUUAUACACGACCAGCGCCUUAAAUUGUUAGUCUUAACGGUGCGCCGCCAUUUUGGAGUCACGCUCUCGUUGUAACCCUGUGGAACCGUCGGCAAUGGCGUAACGUUAACACGCAACUUACAUAUGCAUUGGCAAAUCGGAGACAUAUUGUUGAGGAUGACUUGUUAAAGUUUUAACCAGAGUAUGUGCAUCUCCAGAUUUUAUGUGAAAAUUCAUAGGGUAUUCUCAUUUGACACAAUGCCGUUUGAAAUGCAAGUGUAUAAUGGCUUUUAUUAAUAUGAUAAACGCGAAUUAAUUCUAGCAGAUAUCUAACUUGCAGUUCGAAAGAUUAAGACUGACUUUUGCAUCCUUGUGACAGUGAAUUUUAAACUUAUAAAUGUUGGUAAAACCCAUCCCCAUAUAUAGACAGCUAAAAUGCUUUGUAUAUUUGUGUGUGGAUAUGAAUAUAGUGUGAAAGGGUCACCGGCACCCAAAAGAAUAUUCUAAAUUACCAUUUGACUAAGUUCAGUUUGUAGAUAUACUAAGUGCUAUUACACGCAUGUACAAAAAAUAAAAUAGUAAAAACACUAGUAUAAAUAGCUGUAUUAGCCAGAUAAUGUUGUUUCAGUUGCCUGGUGCGGCUCCAAAUUAAUUUUUGUUGUUAUAUUUUAGAGUAUAUUUUAUUAUAUUAUUGGUUCAGUCAACUUUUAGACUUCCUUAUACCUAAUUUCAUUUUUUUUUAAACAACUAUUUCAUUGAUGACAUUCGAAAUUAAGAUCCACAUAUAUAUGAUUUAAACAGACGAUCCUUCACUAGGGAAUCAAAGUUGACUUUUUACUUUAAGGGGACUUGAAGAGAUGAAUUGGAGUAGUUAAAGUAAUUGUUCUCUUCAUCAAGGAGUCCAAAUUAAUUAGUAGAUAAUUGGCACUGUUAAUUCUAAAGUUAUUUUUUUUUGUUUUCUUUCUCCUUACACGGAUGUUGUUAAAUCUAAUAAAUGUUUUCAGAAUAAAACACC